GAUUACAACGGCAGUGAUUGGCCGGACGCCGGUCACGUGGCCAGCCCUGGAGUUUCCAGCGUCACAGCUGUGUGUGGCAGCUAAAUGCGUUUGUUCACCUGUAACGCUGAAACAUUUCAGGUCUGCUGAGCCAAAUGGGAGACAAGAAGAGUCCCACAAGGCCAAAGCGACAACCCAAGCCAUCCUCUGACGAUGGUUACUGGGACUGUAGCGUAUGCACGUUCAAGAACAGCGCAGAGGCGUUCAAGUGUAUGAUGUGCGACGUGAGGAAGGGAACGUCAACAAGAAAACCACGACCUGUUUCUCAGCUGGUUGCACAGCAAGUAAACCAGCAGUUUGCACUGCCCACACACCUAAAAAAGGAAAAGAAAGAAAAAUCUGAAAAAGACAAGAGUGAUAAGGAUUCAACACUAAAAAAGAAAAGCCAUAAAAAGAUCAGGCCCAGGUUAAAAAACAUUGACCGCAGCAGCGCCCAGCAUCUAGAGGUCACUGUUGGAGAUUUGACUGUAAUUAUCACAGACUUUAAGGAGAAAGCAAACCCCACAUCUUCUUUAACAAGUGCUGCUUCAGUAGACCAUCACAGUCAAAGUGGAUCAAGCUCGGAUAACACAGAACAAGGAGUCUCCAGGUGCUCAUCACCCCUUGGAGAAGGCUCUACAGUAAAUGGAGAGACUCACUGACCUUCACACUCUGCAGUCUGCAGUACACCCCUGCACUUUGAAUACCUACAACCAGAAAUUGUACUUGUUGUCCACAUCUAACAUAACUGCAUUUCAGGGAAAGGGAAAGGUUUUCCAUUGCUGCUGAACUGUGGUAUUAAAAAAGGAAAGAAUUUCAACUUUAGGAUAUCUUUGUUUUUCCCACUUUUUGCACUUAAUCUCUUAUUUGCUGUUUACCAUCAGUCAUGAUAUUUAUAACAGACUCAUUAAGAGCCAUCAUCUGUCCAUCAUUUGAGCAAAAACACCUGAUAUUUUCUGCUUCGGUAACUUAGAGCAUGGUUCAAUCUAUAGAUGUUUUUGUAAAUUCAUGUUUAGGUGGGUUUAGUUAAAUGUUUUCAAAUAAUGCACCCACUUUGUAAAUCAGAUUUUGUGUGUACUUCCAGGAAAUCCAGAGUUUGCAUAUUAUACUGUUGUAUGUUGAAUUUGUCAACAACAUUUUUUCACACUGUGACUUUUAUGUGACCUUAAAUGAAGAAACAAUGUUAUUAAGACUGUGUCUUGAAUUUGCAUCCUUUUAACACUGUUUCGUGAUUUCAUGAUUCCAUCACUACACGCCUGUUAAAAGGGGGAGAGCACACUGUUUAUAUUAAAGUUGUAAUUAAAUGUAACCAAUAACAUUC